UCUUUGCGCAUGCGGGAGGAGGGGCCAGCGUGUACUUUCUGUGAACUACGGUGGCCCAGAGAGGGCAGGUGUGUUCUCUAGAAUGGCGGUGUGAAGAGAGUUGGCCUGAGCCAGAUCCCAGGCAGAUAACCCGGAGCAGCCGCUGAGCUGGGCGGCAGGGGAGGCCUUUAACAAGGGAGAUGUGAGACAUCAGUCAACAUAUGUAAAAUGAACAUUAUUUCAGUCCGGAAAAGUGGGACAACUCCAAGCAGGGAGGAGGCUUCCUGGUCACAGGUUUCACUGAAGAAACAUCUUAGAGAUUUAUCGCACUUCUGAGAUUUAAUAUUUACAACUUGGAGUUGUCAACCUUCUUGUAAGAUACAUUUUGGAAGUCAAAAUGAAAGUUUUCUGUGAAGUUUUAGAACAGCUAUACAAGAAGGUACUUCUUGGAGCCACACCUGAAAAUGACAGCCAUGAUUACAUCUUUUAUCUCAACCCAGCAGUUUCAGAUCAAGAUUGCUCUACGGCCACCUCCUCAGAACAGGCAAGCCCUGGCAUCCACGGCCAACAUCAGCCCAUCUCUGUCGGUUUGGCUCCCAUUGCUGUAGCACCCGCGUGUUUGAAGAGCAACUCUCAGAUGAGCAGUUCCAGAGAAGUAACGCUCCUUCAGUUGACAGUGAUCAAAGUGAUGACGACUCGAAUAUUGUCUGUCAAAACUGAUUUCCAUGCAAAGGAGAAAUACAGAGAUAUCAUUAAAAUUCUCUUAGAAUCAGUCGAAGUUGAUUCUAAAUUAAUCUGUAUGUUCCAAAAUUCAGAUAAAUUGUUAUCUCACAUGGCCGCACAGUGCCUUGCAUUGCUUCUAUAUUUCCAAUUGAGAGAAAAGAUUACCUUAAGUAAUUCCUGGAUUGCUUUUUGCCAGAAAAAUCUCUCUGAAUACUCUGAGAGUAAUAAAGCAAUGUACUGCCUCUGGACUCUUACAGCAGUAAUAAAAGAAAUCUUUAAAGAUUCAUGUUCACACAAAGCAGAAAUUCUAAAGCAGUUCCUGACUCAUUUCAACACGAUUUUUGAAGCGUUUUACAAUUCCUUAUUCUCUCAGCAUUUUGAAAACUGCCAAGAUACGUCUAAAAUAGUAAACAUCCUGAUGUGUUUCCUGGAGUUGCUUGAGCUUCUCAUAGCCUCCAGAAUCUACCUGAAGUUACAUUUCACUUCCCAGAGGAUUUUAUUUUGGAAGCCAACUUGCGUGCUAGAAGUUAUUACAUGGCCUAUUCAGGCUUUUGUCAAAAGAAAGUUCAUUAUAUUCCUCAAAAAGUGCCUUCUCUGUAAAGUGGGUGAAGACCUCUGUAGUAGAUCUGUGCCUGCCUUCAUGCCACCAGACCAUCAGGUAGCAGUGGACAUGCUGGCAUUAGCUAAUGCUGUUUUGCAAGCUGUGAAUUCAGGGUUGUUGAAGACACUGUCUGUUCAUGGAAAACAUUCCUUUUUUGGAGGUGAUGAAGUUCAACCUGGAUGUGAACAUAUCUUUGGUCCAGAUCAUGUGAUCCUUAGAGCAGCAAGCUUAAUUAUAAUGAAAUCCUUAGAAAUCAAGUUUCAAAAUUGUUCUUCGGCAAGUGAAAUGAAAGUUGACUUGCAGAGGUUCAUGUCUGAGUUACUGACCUUCUUAAAGCCUCACCUUCAGCCCUCUCUGCAAUUACAUAAUCCGUGCAAAUGGCUGUCUAGGGUUUUCAUAGAACAAGACGAUGACAUGCUGGAGGCUGCAAAGGCAUCACUGGGCAUCUACUUAACCCUGACCAGAGGAUGUGAAGCCACUGAAAGCUUGACUCAGGGAAAGGAAAUGUGGACCCAUCACACACAUGAAAAUGGCUAUAAUCCUCACUGUAUUUUCCUAUUCUUCUUAGGAAAUAUAGGAUUUGAUUCUACAGUUCUUCUUGACUUUCUGAUUUCAUCAGAAACCUGUUUUCUUGAAUAUUUCGUUAGAUAUUUAAAAUUACUGCAAAAGGACUGGGAUAAUUUUUUCACCAUUUGCAAUAACUUUGAUGCAGCUGAAUCUAAAUAUGAUAUGAGUACUUGUGACUGUGUCCCCUCACUUGUCCAAGACCAAAGCACCAACCAAACAAUACCCCAUCGUUUGACUGCUCCUCAUAGUCACAUAGAGGUGUGUGCCUGCCACUCCCAGGCUUCUGAUGCUCCCUCUGAACCACUGAGAGCUGCGACGUCCAAAGGUAAUCACCCCAUGUGCACUCCUAGUCUGUCUUCCCCCCGGGCUUCUCAAAGUCUGGUAGAUUAUGACAGCUCUGAUGAUUCUGAAGUAGAGUCCACAGACCAGUGUCUAGCUAACAGUAAACAGACAUCUUUAUACCAACAAGGAACUAAAGAGAUUCAGGACGCAGCUGUGACAAGCAGGGAUGAAAAAGAAUUUAGCCUUGAGCCUCCAUCAAGACCUCUGUUUGCGAAAGAAUCUGAUACUGCCUUCUCCUUUGAUUGUGAAGUAGUCCCAAAUGAUGUCAUCUCUGCAGUGGGAGUAUUUUACAGAACAGUUAAAUGCUUCAAAGAACUACAAGGUGCCAUCUGCCGUUUGCAAAAGAAAAAUCUUUUCCCAUAUAAUCCAACUGCACUUUUGAAGUUGUUAAAAUACAUAGAGGUGAUAAGUAAUAAAACUAUGAACACUUUGUAAA